AUGAACACCGUUUUUGCAAUUUUUGUUGCGUUCGCCGUGACCAAUAUGGCGGAGUUAAAAUCGAUAUCGAAGAAGGAGAAAAGAGGAGUGCCUGUGUUUGGACAUUCCGGUUACGAUUUCUUUGGCGCGUCGCCAAUUUUCCCCUCUACACCGUGGGCUCCAAGUGCUUUUGGACCUUCUGCCUGGAGCCCUUCAGGUGUACCUGAUAUUCCCUUGACGCAAGUGCAGGUGCAAGCGACGCACGAUGUUGCUAUUCAGACCUUGAAGGAUCCAGCCCCUGGGACUCCCAGUAUAGCUUAUCCCCCAGAUAUCAUCAGAGCGAUUCAACAAGCUAAAGAAGCGAACGAAAACGUGCACAUGGCUCAGCAAAGAGUGGCAGAGGCAAAACAAGCUACUGUUAUUCAGCAGAAGGUUGCACUGGCGAAAGAAGCUGCCGCUAGAGAGGCUACGGCAAGGUCGCAAGAAAUAUCAUCGACAGCAGAAGCUGAAGCCAGAUCCAGUGCCAAGCAGCUAGUAGCUCUUCAGCAGAGAUUAGCGUCACUGAAGGAUGCAGUCGCAGCUGCACAACGGGUGGCCGCAGCGAGGGAGGCAGCCGCAGCUGCCGCGAUUCAGAGGAACGCAGCAGAAACUGCAGCUGAGUUGCAGAAACAGGACGUCGAUAAGCAGAUCAGUCAAAGCGAGCAAGAGGCGAAGGAAAAAGACAUCAUAGCAGCAAAAGAGAACGCCGUAGCGAACGCAGUACAGCUCGCAGCGCUGCAGAAACCGGUGCAUCCCACCUGGCGCAGAUAA